CAGUGUUGUGGUAGGUCGCACCGAGCGAGCUCGUGCCGCGCCGCUUGAUCAUUCACAAUCGCGACUCCACGACGACAUAACAUGACUUCGGACCUCAAACGCUCAUUAUAGAUUAAUUAAAUUUUCACAUCCGCGGAACAUUUGGACAGUCGAGAAAAAACUUAGUGGUGCUAAUAAAUGCAUAUUUUUUUGUGAAUCUGAUGUGAGAUGGCAUUGUCCCUGCAGUCUUCGCAGAACUCGAGAGGUGUGUCUGUGAGGCCGCUAUCAAGCAUGCGCCAAGAGUCGCUGCCGAUGCUGGCGGAGCGGCUGCUGGCGUCGCGCGCCGCCGCGCUGGUGGCGGGGCUGCCGGCCGAGCUGUACUCGGGCGCGCUGCUGGCCGCCUGGCCGCCCUCGCCGCCCGCGCCGCUGCUGCCGCCGCCCGAGCUGGACCGCGCCCGCAAGCGCCGCCGCACGCCCAAGCUCGACGACGCCGCCGCGCCGCCCUCCCCGCCCUCCUCCGGCUCCUCGCCCGGCGCCGCCGACCCCCCCCGCGACAAGCUCUUCACCUGCAAAGUCUGCUCACGGUCCUUCGGCUACAAACACGUCCUCCAGAAUCACGAGCGCACCCACACGGGGGAGAAGCCGUUCGAGUGCGGCGAGUGCCACAAGCGCUUCACGCGCGACCACCACCUCAAGACGCACCUGCGCCUGCACACGGGCGAGAAGCCGUACAGCUGCCCGCACUGCCCGCGCCACUUCGUGCAGGUCGCCAACCUGCGCCGCCACCUGCGCGUGCACACCGGCGAGCGCCCGUACGCCUGCGCGCGCUGCCCGGCGCGCUUCUCCGACUCCAACCAGCUGAAGGCGCACGCGCUGGUGCACGAGGGCGACGCGCCCUUCGCGUGCCGCUGCGGCGCGCGCUUCCGGCGGCGGCAGGCGGCGGCGCUGCACCGCUGCGCGGGCUCGGGCUGCGAGCCGGAGGCGCCGAGCCCGCCCGCCGCCGCCGCCGACUGGCGCUGGGACGAGUGGCCCGAGCAGACGGAGCCGGAGGACCUGUCGCUGCCGCGGAGGCCGGCCACCCCUGACUCGCCCACCGACCUGCGCGUGCACUCCGCGUAGUCACCGCGCGCCAAGCGCCGCCGAGCCGGUAUACGAGUUCCUCCUGCGUAGAGCCCGCGCCGCUGCUGGCCCCUCGUCCGCUCCGUCGCGUUCGCCGCUCACGGCUCAAGCUAGUCCAGAAUUCUUUACCCAGAAAUCAUGAAAAAAUUAACAAUAACUCUUAGUUUAAAAAUUGUAUCGGUAAAUUUUAUCGUUUUAUAUUUUUCUCGGUAAGACUACUGACGAAGACUCGUUAGGUAGUCAUCUAUUCUUCUAUGUUUUUGCAUUCGCAAUGCUCGCCAUAAAGUGCACUUUUUUUCAUUCGUGUUACAGUUUAAAACUUUAUUGUCGAGCCAUUUGCAUAAUCGCAAGGCGAGGUGAGGCAAAAAACGCGACCGUUUUGUUCUUUUAUUUUGCAACUUGCAAAACAGAAAGAAUGUAAGUAUUGCACAAAAGAUAUUUUUUGAUUUAUUGACACAGUCCAUUGUUUUGUAACAGAACUUAAAAUGCCUUCGUCACGCCUGACAUGUAUUGAUCUCGGAGCGACGUCCUCCCUCGCGCUGAUGAGCGCACACCGGAAUGCGGAGAAGGCCGCGACAUUGGCUUAUUAUUUCAGCAACAAAGGCUAGUUCACAAUCGGCGAUUAUUAAGAACCUAUUGAUUCAGCGGCGAGUUCCGCACAAUGCCGACACAAUUACGUGCGCCUUGAUCCGUUGCCGUUCGUUGCGACCGGUUUCUAAUCACCCUUAUUAUUUCACACAGUUCUCAAAUUUUUAUUCAAAGAUUUCUGGAAAAAAUAUUUCUUUCCGAUUGUUUACGUGUAGGGUGCGUCCAGUGACGCGUAACCGAUACUGGUAUUCGGCAUACGGGAGACUUGUCCGCGGCCGCUGGGCGUGAGCGGCGAGCGGCGGAGUGCUGGACACAAGGGGCCCACGAGCGCUACAAGCUUCUGUAAAUAAGCUCUAUCUCUCAUUAAAUUAUUUAUUAUUCGACUUAAUCGUAGAUGUUUCUUCUCUGUUUAAGGGUUCAAUUGACCGUGGAGAGAAACGGUUCUUGAAUGUAAUUAUUGUAUGUAAAUAAUUUAUUUAUGUAGCGAGUCAUUGGCCGUCGUGGACGAUCGGGUAUUGAAGUAAACAGAUUUUUAUGUAGGUAGAUUAUUAGGCAUUCACUGAUCUCACUGUGGAGCUGGUGGUACUUUACGAUCGGGUCUCUGUGUUGCCGUGAAUAGAGUUUAAGUGGCGGCCGUGCACCCACGGAAUUGGGAUUCGUUAGGUAGAUAGAUAUUUCGGUAUAGUUUUAAGAUGACAUAAAGUCAGAUAUAUUUAACGUAAAUCGUGUAUAUAUUUAGCGUAAUGUAUGAAUUCCCUGCGCGCACGGCCCCGGCAUAGAGUCGUGUUCUGCAAUUUGUUCUACGGGUAUUAGUUUCCUACUAGGUGUAGUGUGUUUAUUUUCUCGUUUUCGCUCUAAUUUAAUGUCUGUAGUUGUUCUCGAUGUUUAGCGCACAUGAUUUAUAAUUGUAUCUAUUUAAGCUGUAAUGAUUGUUGAUUAUUAUUAUUUUAUUUUCUCCUUAGGGUUAAGGUUUCGGAUAGUAGGGUCUUCUUAGGGCAUAGAAGCGAAGUAACUAUAUGAAAUAUUUUUCCCAAAGAAAUUAUUGGUACAAAGUUUAAUGUGUACAAAUUUAAUAUUAUGUACUUUCAAUUAGGAGUUGUAAUUUCAUGUUGCAAUGUUGUAAUAUUGGUAGUUAGUGUAAAGUUAGGCGCCGUUGCCGUUAUCUACCUCACUCGACGAAUAACGCCAGGGUAAAGAUGCACUCUUGAAAUAUUUUCUAUUGUUCAUUGUCAAGUUAGCGUGUACAAUAAAUGUAAUCAGGACAAAUUUAUAGAUAUAUAUCUUUUGGCGUAUGUUUUAUAACUAUACCUUUGAGACUGAUUUUAUUCCAUUACUUUAUUUACCUACUGUUGUCUUAUAAAGCGUUCCGAACUAAGUGGUGUUAUGUUACUGCUACACUUGCGUCAUAACGCGAUUAUUACCAUGCUGUUUCUUGCUUUACUUGGUGGUCAAUUUUUAAACUCAUACCUACGCAGGCGUAGUUGAUGUCGUUAAAAUAAUAAAUGUAAUCGAAACUUUUAAAGAAGCCAACCGAUGUACAGGAAGACGCUUACGCAGGUGCGUCAGUAACAUAUCGAAUCCAUCUUAUUGUAACAUUUCUCUGUUUGCUGACCGGUUACUAAAAUUACACAUGAAAUUUUUUUUCACACCUCAGGCAAAUCUGUCAACAGAUUUAAGUGAUUUUGUACUGUGUACAAUAUACAACUCGGUUAUAAAUCUGUAAAUUCAAUUGUAUUGUAAUAUCAGUAAACAGAUAUCUGUUGUUACAACAAUACUCUGCAAUGGUUUAAGUUCCUAUUAAACUAAUAAUAAUUUAAAUUUAUUGUUUACUUUGAAAGUUGUUUAUUUUCAUUAGUUAGUCAAUGAUUUUACCUUUUCGGUGCCAUUUGUUCGCAUUUUUGUCUAUAAAUAAUUACAAGUACGUUUAAUAUUGAUUAAAAUGUAUGUAUGUAUAUAUUUUAGAUUUCCGUUUAAUCCAAAGAACUGCCAUUAACACAUCUACCUCAUAUUCGGAAUACAGGAGUUACUUUAAAACGAAUACUUAAAACAUUAACUGUACAAAAUUAUUAUAAGAUAAAUGUGACAUUAUGGUACGAUAAAUAUAUGUAUUUCUUUAUCAAUGUCCAGUACAUAAUUAUUAAAUAAAGAGAUG